AAGAUCUGGGUGCUGACCGGGGACAAGCAAGAGACGGCCGUGAACAUCGGUUACUCCUGCAAGAUGCUGACGGACGACAUGACGGAGGUGUUCAUCGUGACAGGCCACACUGUGCUGGAGGAAAGCCCGGGAGAAGAUGAUGGACUCGUCACGUUCCAUGGGCAACGGCUUCUCCUGCCAGGAGAAACUCGCGUCUUCCUCGUCGGCGUCCCGGCUCACCUCGGUGCUGGAGGCCAUCGCGGGCGAGUACGCCCUGGUCAUCAACGGGCACAGCCUGGCCCACGCGCUGGAGGCCGACAUGGAGCUGGAGUUCCUGGAGACGGCCUGCGCCUGCAAGGCCGUGAUCUGCUGCCGCGUCACCCCGCUGCAGAAGGCCCAGGUGGUGGAGCUGGUGAAGAAGUACAAGAAGGCCGUGACGCUGGCCAUCGGGGACGGUGCCAACGACGUCAGCAUGAUCAAGACUGCCCACAUCGGCGUGGGCAUCAGCGGGCAGGAGGGCAUCCAGGCCGUGCUGGCCUCCGACUAUUCCUUCUCCCAGUUCAAGUUCCUGCAGCGCCUCCUGCUGGUGCACGGCCGCUGGUCCUACCUGCGCAUGUGCAAAUUCCUCUGCUACUUCUUCUACAAGAACUUUGCCUUCACCAUGGUCCAUUUCUGGUUCGGGUUCUUCUGCGGCUUCUCCGCCCAGACGGUCUAUGACCAGUACUUCAUCACCCUGUACAACAUCGUCUACACCUCGCUGCCCGUGCUCGCCAUGGGCGUGUUCGACCAGGACGUGACGGAGCAGCGCAGCAUGGAAUACCCCAAGCUCUACGAGCCAGGCCAGCUCAACCUGCUCUUCAACAAGCGGGAGUUCUUCAUCUGCAUCGCCCAGGGCAUCUACACCUCCGUCCUCAUGUUCUUCAUCCCCUACGGCGUCUUCGCCGACGCCGCCCGCAACGACGGCGCCCAGCUGGCCGACUACCAGUCCUUCGCUGUCACCGUGGCAACCUCCCUGGUGAUCGUGGUCAGCGUGCAGAUUGGGCUGGACACGGGGUUCUGGACGGCCAUCAACCACUUCUUCAUCUGGGGCAGCCUGGCUGUGUACUUCGCCAUCCUCUUCGCCAUGCACAGCAACGGCCUCUUCCAGAUCUUCCCCAACCAGUUCCGCUUUGUGGGUAAUGCCCAGAACACGCUGGCCCAGCCCACGGUCUGGCUCACCAUCACCCUCACCACCGUGGUCUGCAUCAUGCCAGUCGUGGCCUUCCGAUUCCUCAAGCUGGACCUGAAGCCCGAGCUAUCGGACACGGUGCGCUACACCCAGCUGGUGCGGAAGAAGCAGCGAGCGCAGCACCGCUGCAUGCGGCGGGUGGGCCGUGCCGGCUCGCGGCGCUCCGGCUACGCCUUCUCCCACCAGGAGGGCUUCGGCGAGCUCAUCAUGUCGGGCAAGAACAUGCGGCUCAGCUCCCUGGCGCUCUCCAGCUUCGCCGCCCGCUCCAGCUCCAGCUGGAUCGAGACCCUGCGCAAGAAGAAGGGUGGAGACAGCACCGCCAGCAGCCCCAGCGGGGGGGCCGACAAGCCACUCAAGGUGUGAGGCUGGGGGGCUCCGAUUCUCACUCCCGCCAGGGGCUGGACAGCCCGGCAGCGCCCCCAGCUGUUCCCACGCGGAUCCUGGCUGGCUGCUGCGGGUGCUGCCGUGGCAAGGGGUCGGGGCGCCCCACGAGGCUCUCCAGGUGCUGAGGUUUGGAGGCAGAGUCUGGACCACAGCCAACCGUGUAACCAAAAAACCCCCGUCCAGACGGCCCAGCGGCCCCGGCGCGGCACCCCCGUCCGGACCCUGGGCGCAGAGAGCGCCAGCAGCAUCUUGUAUCGGGACAUCCACCGCCCGGCGUGUACAGCGAGCCUGAGUCACACGUGAAUGUAACGUGCUGGAGACACGGGGAGUGCCGGGCCUGGCAGGGGGCAGCUGGGCUUGGCAGCGCGUCCCCCCCACCCCCGCCGCCACAUGUGUCUUUUUUAUAUCUAUAAAACGAGAAAAGCAGCAGCAACCGGAGCCCCCCCGUUUACACUGUCCCCGCUGGCACUGGCUGCUCCUGGGGAGGAGCCGGCUGAGCAGAAAGGGGCACAGACGCUCUCCCCAGGCGGGCAGCGUCAGUCCCAGGGCUGCGUGGGCGCCCCACAGGGGGCAUGGGCUUGGCCUCCUGCAGCAGGGCAGGGGUGGGGUGGGGGGAGCCUGGGCUGGGAGGAGUUAUGGGCCCUGCCCUCUCCUCUGCCCCGGCUGGUUUCUACACAGGGUGAAACCGUACGUGGCUGGGCGGAGACCCGGCCCCUGAGUGCUGCGUCCAGUCAGUGCCCGCCCUGGGCUGGAGGCUGUGGCCCCUGGAGCCGGGGAGCAAACGGGCCCCUAAGGAGCUGUUACAGACCAGAGCAAAGCCGGGGUGCGAAGGCCACCUGAGUCGGGCUCCUCGGGGUCCUGGCUGCAGGGGCAGCCCUGAGCUUCUCCCAGCUUGCGGGGGGAGGGCGCAGCCACGGGGCUCUUGACUGGUACUUGUGUCCCCCCCCCCCUCGAGCUGGUGGAGCUUGGCUCUGGCCUCGUGUGACCUCUGCCCAGGUCCUGGGACCAGCCCAGCUGAUGGAUUCGAAAGGGGAACCAGCCCCCCCACCCCAACUCCUGAAUUUGCUACGUGCCAGAGGCUUAGGCAAGGGGCCGGGUCCUGAGGUCAACAUUGUUGACAGGCUGAUUGUGAUUCAUUCCCUGCACCAGGGAGCCUUUCACAAUCAUCUGGGUGUUCUGUGCCGUUUCCCUUCCCCUCUGUGCUGGGGGGGGAGAGAGAGAGAGAGUGUGUGUGUGUGUGUGUGUGUGUGUGUGUGCCCCAGCCGUCCACGCUCCCCUGGGGAAGUGUCCAGUCUGCUGGCCGCCCCCUCGUGCAGCACUAGCAGGUACACGGCCCUUCUCUUGCACACGUAUUUGUAGCUCACCUCCGCACGCUUCUUGUGAUGCAUUCCUCGUGUCCUUUGCACAGCCCCUCCCCCCCGGUACUGCCCUCUGGCACGCACGCUGCCCACGCACGGCUCACUGCUGUAGUGUCCCCAGCUGCUGCCGAUCCUGAUAGCGCGGGGGCCCUCGGAGGUUGAGUUGCUUGAGGCUGCAGGAUGUUGGAGACCCUGGGCUGUGGCCAGGCUGGGAAAGAUCCCACGGGCCCUAGGGUGGGGAUCAGCUCAGGGGCCAGCCCCAGUGAGGUGGGAUCCAGCUGGAGGCAGAGGGGUGAAAAAGCCCCUGGGGAGGGGGCACUGUGGGCCCAGGCCAGUCUUGUGCAGGGGAUGCCUCCUGAGCCACCCUCCUCCCUCCCCUUGAGCUCUGUCUGUGCAGGGUGCCAAAUACGAUGGGGGGGGGAGGACCUAGUGUUCACCCCCCCCCCCGUCCCAUUCUGCCUUUGAAGGUAAGGGGCCUUGCAAGCCAGGGGCAGGUUCGGGUGCGGGGGGUGUCACUGCACCCCCAAGGGUUACAGCUCCUGGGGUGACUACAGAGCUGUGCCCACAUGCUUAGAAUGAGGGAGGGGGGGUCUGGGAGCCAGGACUCCUGGGUUCUAUUCCCAGCUCUGUGACGGGCUCUGUGCCUCAGUUUCCCUCCCCUCUGUGAAGUGCUGGAGUCCCCAGGGGGGCUGGGCUGUGGAAGGUCGAAGUAACCUCGGGCAUUGCUGUGGUUGUGUUAAGCCCUUCUGGGAAGGGGCAAGGGCUGGAGCGGCCUGGCUGGGGGAGGGGCGCGGCCCCCGGAGUCUGACUUUUAUACCAAAGAGGAACUGUCUGUUUGGGAGCUGGCUGGGCGCUCGUGUGCUAAAGUAUCUAUUUUUGGUUCUUUCUGUUUGUUCGGGGGGGGAGGUGGCGUUGGGCCGGGCCCGAGGAGCAGUCCGUAUAAUUUAUUACACAUUUCUAUACUUACAGAAUUGUAUCAUUUUAUGGGUAUAAAGAGAGGAAAAAAAAUAGCCUUUUAUAAAAACGUCUCUUUCUGA